AUGUCUUCGGAUGCCCAUCAAGAAACCUUUGCUACCUUAAAGCCGCUGAUUCAAGCCUUGAGUCCCGACUCGGUGGCGACACCUAAGGAUGCAGCUUACACACUUCAUUCUGAGCCGUUUGCUAUUCAGAAACAGUUAAACCCCCUGGUUGUUCUCAUUCCAUCUUCAGUAGAUGAGCUUGCUGAAAUCGUAAGAUUUCUAUAUGAGUCUAACCUGGACUUUGCAAUUCGAGGCCAUGGGUUCAAGUCCCCGUCUGCGAAGCAUGUGGUGGUCAGCAUGAUGAAAUUCAAUGGUUUGGACUACGACCCAACCAAGAAGAUCGCAACAAUUGGCGCCAGUGCUACUUGGUCGGAGGUGGUUACGUAUAUGGAAAAGGUCGACCCUGAAUACUCGGUACCUGCUGCUCGGACACCCGCAAUUGGCGUCGCUGGGGCCAUACUGAACGGCGGGCUUUCUUGGAUGUCAACAGAAUAUGGAUGCAUCUGCGAUCCCAUCAACUUCCUCGAUGCAGAGGUUGUCAAGUACGAUGGCACGGUGGUGAUGGCGUCUCAGGAGCCCGAGCUAUUGUGGGCACUUCGUGGCAGCGGCGGUGGCUUCGGAGUCAUAACGAAGGUUCUUCUGCGAGCGCACCACUAUCCAACCAACAUUUGGUCUGGUCUUGUUCUGGUACCGCGCAAGUGGCUCACACAGCUCAUUGAUGAGAUGAUUGAGUUCAACAACUCGAAGCCCCACCCUAAGGUCACUUAUUUCGUGUACUUCAUGCCCAAGAGGCUGCUUCACACAGUGCUUGAACAAGACGAGCCUGACGCUGAGGACUCGGUCAUUUUCCACGUAUAUGAUGCCCUCGGUGAGGAGCAUGGCCGAUCCUUGUUCCGAUGGGUGCUAGAGAAGCCUGGUGCCAUUGACCGAACUAGAGUAACGAACAUGAAGGGCGUGGUGGAUAUGCAAAGGAACGCUGCCGUUCUCCGAGGCAAAAUGAAAACGCUUUACGCUCCCAUGGCACUUGUCGACGUCGAUCGAGAUAUUCUCACCAGAGCAGUCGCGUUCUACGAUAAGCUAGGCUCACUAGAUAAGUCAAUUCAAGACAUAUCCUCUAUUAUUUUCGAGUUUCUCUUGCUUAGGCCACCAAUUGGUGGUGCAAGUGAGGUUGCUUGGCCGCGAUCUCCGAAACUGAAUCAUCUUCUCUUGCUUAUUUCAAGCUGCCCUGGCGAUGGAUCAAAGGAGCAGGAAGAAUUACUCCGUCAGAUUUCGAUUGAUGCACCGAAGGAAGUUCUCCAAGAAAAGUAUAAGGAAGUUGAAGUCAAUCCUGCUGGUCUUGAGCCCGACUACCAUAGUGCACGAGCAGUCUAUCGCGAACAUUACGACAAGCUUGUUGCCUUGCGAAAGCGCUAUGAUCCUGCGAAUCGGUUCAAGUCGUUUUUCUAA